AUAUCCAAGCCCUUUUCAAACUGCAGUAUUAUCCCGAUAUACAAUCCCGCGUAUAUUUCUUCUAUACUAUUCAUCCCCGUUUUGUUCGAAAAUCCCCCAAAUUGUCUCUUCCUCCGAAAAUCUCCAAUGGAUUCCCAAUCUCACCCAGUUCAAGAACCAUCACAAACCCUAAAUUCAUACGAGCAGUAUCAAAAUUCUUCAGAUUCGUACUAUCUAAAUCCUUCACAAACCCUAGGUCAAGAUCCCCCACCAGGUGUUUGUGAAAAUGCCGAGCAGAACUUUCUUGGAAACACAGCUAAGGCAGGCGACAAUUCAGUUCAAAACAAACUAUCCGAUGUGAAUUCAAAUCUUACGUUACAGAAGCCAUUGUUGUCGGGUAAUGGAUUGACUAGCACUCAGAGUGGUGGUGCCGAGAGGGACCAAUCAGGGGGCGAAGAAGAAACUACCAGUAGGAGGAGGAGGAGAAGCCGAUGGGACCCACCUCCUACUGAUUCGAGCAACGAUGGUACUGGAGGGAAUGAAGGAAGCGGGGCUGGACGAAAGAGGAAAUCGAGGUGGGCGGAUGAUGAGCCUAAGCCGGUGAUUCAGUUGCCUGAUUUCAUGAAGGAUUUCGGUGGAGGUAUUGAAUUUGACCCUGAAGUACAAGCUCUUAACAGUAGAUUACUUGAAAUUAGUAGGAAACUGCAAUCUGGUAUGCCUUUAGAUGAUAGACCUGAAGGAGCUCGAUCCCCUUCGCCAGAACCUAUAUAUGAUAAUAUGGGUGUACGUAUAAAUACUAGGGAGUAUCGUGCCCGAGAAAAACUAAAUAGGGAGAGACAAGAGAUUAUAUCACAGAUAAUAAAGAAAAAUCCAGCUUUUAAGCCACCUGCAGAUUAUAGGCCUCCUAAGCUUCAUAAAAAGCUUUACAUUCCAAUGAAGGAGUACCCGGGUUAUAAUUUUAUCGGCCUUAUAAUUGGGCCGAGAGGGAAUACUCAGAAGAGAAUGGAAAAGGAGACUGGAGCAAAGAUUGUAAUUCGAGGUAAAGGGUCGGUUAAAGAAGGGAGGUUACAACAGAAAGGGAAUUUGAAACAUGAUCCAGCAGAGAAUGAGGAUUUACAUGUGCUAGUGGAAGCUGAUACACAGGAGUCACUUGAGGCUGCUGCAGCUAUGUUGGAGAAGCUUUUGCAGCCUGUUGAUGAAGUACUUAAUGAGCAUAAGAGGCAGCAGCUCAGGGAACUUGCAGCGUUGAAUGGAACAAUUAGAGAUGAGGAGUUUUGUAGGCUUUGUGGUGAACCAGGUCAUAGGCAGUAUGCUUGUCCUUCUCGCACCACCACAUUUAAAAGUGAUGUGCUUUGCAAAAUAUGUGGUGAUGGGGGACAUCCCACGAUAGAUUGUCCAGUUAAAAAUACUACUGGAAAGAAAAUGGAUGAUGAGUAUCAGAACUUCUUGGCAGAAUUGGGAGGGACAGUUCCUGAAUCAUCAAUUAAGCAGAACGCAGCAACUCUUGCUCUUGGUCCUGGAAGCACAGGAAAUAACCCUCCUUGGGCCAGCAGUAAUAAUGCAAGUGGUGGUGGUUCCACUUCACACCCUGGAUUAGGGUCAAAUAUAAUGAAGCCAAAAGAAUUUGACGAGACAAACUUGUAUAUUGGUUACCUUCCUCCUACUCUGGAUGAUGAUGGUUUGAUUAAUUUAUUCUCUCCCUUUGGUACCAUCGUGAUGGCUAAAGUUAUAAAGGAUCGUCUCAGUGGUCUGAGUAAAGGUUAUGGUUUUGUUAAGUAUGCAGAUGUUCAACAAGCUAAUAAUGCUAUUACUGGCAUGAAUGGUCAUUGUCUUGAUGGGAGAACUAUUGCUGUGAGAGUUGCCGGCAAACCCCCUCAGCCUGCUGUGCCUCCAGGCCCUCCUGCUCCAGCAAUGCCCCCAUAUCCUGUUCCUAAUCAGGCUGCUGGAGUCUAUCCAUCUCAGCAGUAUGCGACGGGUGGUCCCAUUGGUCCCCCUGGUGGCUAUGCUGGGACUCCAGUUCCUUGGGGACCACCUGUACCUCCACCAUAUGCCUCUUACCCGCCUCCUGGCUCAACCAUGUAUGCUCCUCCUCCAGGCCAAUUUGUACCUCCAUAUGGUGCACAGUAUCCUCCACCAAUGCCAACACCAUCUUCUGGUGUCCCGACUCAGACAGUUUCCUCUGGCGAAAACCAGCAAAAUUAUACAUCUUCUAGUGAGACACAACAAAGUUAUCCUCCCGGAGUGCCAUCUCAUAAUAGUGCACCUGUUCAAUCUCUACCCAGUUAUGCCUAUGGCAAUUCUGUUGCUGCAAUGCCACCCCAUACCCAACCUCCGUACCCAACAUCCUCAUACAGCUAUCCUUCUUAUUAUGGCAUGGCACCACCACCACCUCUUCCUCCAACUGCAUCACAGUCCAAUGUAGACCAUUCACAGAGUAUGAGCAAUUUUCCCUGGGCCUCAAAUCCACCAGAACCUGCACCUGCACCUCCACCUCCACCUCCACCAUCUGCAGAGAAACCUCCCUAUGGUACAGAUGCAGAAUAUGAAAAGUUCAUGUCGGAGAUGAAAUGAUGAUGCAGUUAAUUCUGUACUUGCUUGUAGUACAAGGCUGAUUUGUUGGAGCACUUCACGUGAUUUCUUACCUCUUGCCAUGUCUUACUUGUUGGAAGUUUCGGACUGACAUCUUUAACCUUGCUGUACUAUUAUGAUAUUUGCAGAGAUGAGGAGUUCAGUCCAUUCCUCAUGUGUUGGAGCAGCUAAUUAGGUGCCUUAUGGGAUAUUAAUAAUGCCGAACAUGUCAUAGCUGCCUAGUAUAUGAUUUCAAACUUAUUUAAUUAUUCUGUUGGAUUUUCUUGAUGACUGAUCACUGACAGUUUGUGUUGUGUUUUUUUUUUCUUGACUGACAUUCACUGCUUAUCAAUUUUGGUUUUCUUUGUUAGCUGGUUUUCUCUCUUAGUAUUUAAAACUAAUUUAACUAUGAGUGAAUAUUCAGACAGCAGCCUGAUGCUUGCCUUUGCUAUUUCUCUCCAGAAGGUGAUGCAUCUUCAAGAUGUGGAGGUCCUCAGGGUAUGUGACUUGAUAGUAUGACUAUUACGUUCACAUGUCUCCGGAUUAUUUCUUUGUUAAUUCAUUCUGAUGUAUUUUCUAGAUGUCUUGUGACAGGAAAAGAUUCUUGUAAUGCAAUGGGCAUUCCUGUUCUGGGCCGAGUUUUAAGAAAUUUGCUUAUCCUCAUAUAUAGCUGUAUUAAAUUUAA